AUGUUAUAUUAUUCAUUUUUUCCUUCUUUUAUAACUUUUUGUUUCUAUUUCAAACUCUUAAAAUUUCUUUCAAGACCAUUUAAUCUCAAGAUUUAUGAAUCAUUUGGCAAUUCGAAAUUGACUAUUAGUGUUGUUAAAAAGAUAAUUAACUAGGUUACUAAUGUUUGUAGAAAUAUUAAAGAUCAUCCCUUUAAUAAACAAGACUAUAGUACAGAAAUAUAUGAAAAAGAGAUAGCGAAUCUUAUAAAGAGAAUUACAGGGAAUGAGAAUAUCGUUGAAUUUCUUAAAUUUUUAGUUCUUAUAACAACAAUGGAUAACCAAUUCAUAAUAAGUGGAUCGAACUCACUUAAUUUAUUAGUAAAAAUGAAAGUAGAUCUGAAAAACUAAUGCUUUGAGAAUAUCAGAAUUAAAAAUACAUCUUUAUUUGGUGGAAAUUUUGUGAAAUGUAAUUUGAGUGGAUCAGAAUUUGAAAAUAUAGACAUAAGUGGAGCAAACUUAAAUGGAGCUCUAUUAUUGAAUUGUAAGUGGACAAACAUAAAAAUUAAUGAAAUGAAUCAAUUAGAUAAUGAAGGUAAAAGUGGAAAGUCAGUAUGUUUCUCACCAGAUGGAACCACCUUAGCAUUUGGUUGUGAAGACAACUCUAUUCUUUUAUGGGAUGCCAAGACAGGAUAAUAAAAAACAAAAUUCAAUGGUCAUAUAGGUUCUGUAUCAUCAAUAUCCUUCUCACCAGAUGGAAAUACAUUAGCAUCUAGUAGUAUUGAUAAAUCUAUCUGUUUAUGGGAUGUUAAGACAGGAAAAAAAAAAAGUCAAAAUGGGUGUAUCGGUGUUAUCAUUGUGUUUCUCACCAGAUGGAACUAUUUUAGCAAUUAGCAACAUUGAUAAGUCCAUCUGUUUUUGGGAUGCUAAAAGUAUGUAGACAGCAAAAAGGAUUAGUUAUAAGGCAUUUGUCCUAUCAUUAUGCUUCUCACCAGAUGGCAUUACAUUCGCAACAGGUAGUAGUGAUAAUUCUAUUCGUUUAUGGGAUUCUAAGACAGGAUCAUAAAAAAUCAAAUUUGAUGGUCAUUGUAAUUCUGUCUCAUCUUUAUGCUUCUCGCCAGAUGGCAUUACAUUAGCAUCUGGAAGCAGGGAUAAGACUAUCAGUUUAUGGAAUGUUGUAACAAGGAAAAAAAAAGCCAAGUUGAAUGGUCAUAGCGCGUUUGUGCUGUCGUUAUGUUUUUCACCUGAUGGAACUACAUUAGCAUCUGGUAGUAGUGAUCGAUCUAUCCUUUUAUGGGAUGCGAAGACAGGAGAAAAAAAGGCUAUAAUGGAUGGUCAUAGUGAUUAUGUGCACUCGUUAUGUUUCUCACCAAAUGGAACUACACUAGCAUAAGGUAAUGGAAAUAAUUCUGUCUGUUUAUGGCAAGUUGAGGUUGUAGAAAAAUAAACCAAAUUGAAAGGUCAUUAGAUCUAUUCAUUAUGCUUUUCGCCAGAUAGUUCUACUAUAGCAACUUGUAGUGGAAUAUCUUAUAACCGUCUAUGUGAUGUUAAAAUAAGCUAAUAAAAGGGCAAAUUGGAUAGUCAUAGUGAUUAUGUCAACUCAGUGUGCUUCUCAAAAGAUGGAAUAACAUUAGCAUCUGGUAGUAGUGAUAAAUCUAUCCGUUUAUGGGAUGCUAAGACAGGAUAAUUAAAAGUGAAAAUAGAUGGUCAUUGUGAAUCUGUUCUAUCAGUAUGUUUCUCACCAGAUGCAACCACAUUAGCAUCGGAUAGUAGUGAUAAAUCUAUCCGUUUAUGGGAUGCUAAGACAGGAUAAUAAAAAGCUAAAAUGUAUGGUCAUAGUGAAUCUGUUCUAUCAGUAUGUUUCUCACCAGAUGCAACCACAUUAGCAUCGGAUAGUAGUGAUAAAUCUAUCCGUUUAUGGAAUGCUUAGACAGGAUAAUUAAUAGCUAAAAUGGAUGGUCAUAGUAAAUCUGUUAUUUCAGUAUGUUUCUCACCAGAUGGAACCACAUUAGCAUCAUGUAGUAAUGAGAAAUUUAUCCUUUUAUGGGAUGCUUAGAAUGGAUAAUAAAAAGCUAAAAUGGAUGGUCAUAGUGAAUCCGCCCUAUCAGUAUGCUUCUCACCUGAUGGAACAAAAUUAGCAUCUGGUAGCACAAAUCAUCUCGGGAGAGAUUCAAUUUAUUUAUGGGAUGUUGAGACAUAAUAAUAAAAAGCAUGCUUCUCAGCAGAUGGAUUAAUUUAACCAUCUGGAAUUGGUAGUACAAAUUAAUUUACUAUUGGUAAAAAUAAUUAUUUAAUUUGUUUAUGGGAUGUUGGGACAGGAUUAUAAAAAGCUUAAUUGGCUGGUCAUAAUUCUUUAGUGUAAUCAAUAUGCUUUUAGCCUAAUGGAACCACAUUAGCAUCAGGAAGUAGAGAUAAUUCGAUUCGUUUAUGGAAUGCUGAGACUUAAUAAUUCAAAGUUGAACUGGAUGGUUGGAGUUAAUUUAUUUCAUCAGUAUGCUUUUCGCCUGAUGGAACAAUAUUAGCAUCUUAUAGUGGCGAUUAAUCUAUUUGUUUAUGGGAUAUUAAGAGUGGAGAAUAAAUUUAACCUUUUGAUAAAAAGUACAGAGAUAUUUUAGCACAAUUUAAAAUUCCAUUAAAUUUAAACUCUUCUUUUGUACAAAGUAUUUUUUAUUAUUCUAUUUUUAUAGGUCCCUUGA